AGAUGGCGGCCGUGGCAGCGACUUUUUUUGUUUGUGCCACUGCCGCCACAAGCCCCCCCCCUCACACAACUGAGGUCGCAGCUGUCGCGGCGGGGUCGCUCGCGUGACGGCAGCCUCUCUCUCUCAUCGUCUCCACCUGGCUAGAGAGUAUCAUUAUCAUCGAUAACGGCGAGCGAUCGUCGUUAAGGUCCACUACGGGUGGGGUUUUGUUGCCGUCUAGGUCUGCUUGCUGCUGGAGCUGUGAUCGCAAUGCUACGCGCGUGGUUGAGCGCGCGAGUCGCGUCUCGCCACGUGAGAUGGAGAGGGGAGCCCAAGCGUUGCGUUUGCGCCCGUGCUAAACUCUCAUCCUCUGGUGGCGGGGGAUCUGGAUGGGGAUCCGGAUCACACUCGGGAUCGGGAUGGGGCUGGUGGGGCUCGGGGUGGAGCGCCGGGUGGUGUAGCAUAGGGUGGUGGUCAUGGCUGCGGACCCGUUCGUUGGGAGCCAUGGCGACGGUGCUGUUCAGCUGGGAGAGGAACAGCGUUGGAGACGAUGAGAUCACGCGGUGUGUGGUUGACCUGCAGACAGUGGAGCGACUUUCAGCAUUGCCAGGGUCCGACGCGGAUAAUGAGGGCGACGAUCACAUGACCUUGCCCGGCUGGGAGCUCGUGACACAGAGACCCGGGUUUACACUGUGGAGACGACCGCUCAGCACGACCCACACUCAGCUGUAUCAGUACAGAGUGUACGGGACUUACACAGACAUCUCACCUCAGCAAUUUUUAAAUGUGCAGCUGGACAUCGAGUAUAGGAAGAGAUGGGAUCAGCUGGUCAUCAGACUCGACCUCAUCGAUCACGACGAAUCCACGGGGUCAGAGGUCAUCCACUGGGUCACGCACUUCCCGUACCCCCUGUACGCACGUGAUUACGUCUACGUACGUCGCCACUGGCUUGAUGAAAAGAACAACAUCAUGGUGCUCGUGUCGAGGUCGGUGGAUCACCCUGACAUGCCAGAGUCUUCCAAAUUCGUGCGCGUGCGGUCAUACCAUUCCCAGAUGGUCGUACGCGCGCACAGCUCCUUCCAGGAGAGAGGAUUUGACUACUUGCUCACGUACCAGGACGACCCGCAGACCGUGUUUCCCCGUUCCUGCAUCAGCUGGAUGGUGUCGAGUGGCAUGCCGGACUUCCUGGAGAAGCUGCACCUGGCGGCGCUCAAGUCGCAGGACCACGGCGUCCGGGUGUCUGACGCGGCCACCACCCCCCCCCACCCGGAGCCCAGUGGCCACCCCAACGGCAGCGUUUACGCGUGACCCCUGACCCCCGGGAGAGAAGGGGGUAGUGAGGAGGUUGGUUUGAUAAAUUUAGAUUGUUUUUCACCCGCUGAGUUUUCUUUUUUCGGGAAUGAGUUUUGGCCCAUUUUGGGGUAAUUAAAUUUUGUAAAUAGUGACACGGAUCGGAGAGACACAUGGAGGAACACGGUGCCAUGUGGAGGGGCUCCACUCCAUUAAAAUAGCAUGUAGAGCCACAGCCAACGCCCUCCCACAUAGAGCUACCACCAUAGCCUCUGCUUGAUGUCACGUGGAGCCACCUUCACAGCCUUCACUCCCACAUAGAGCCAACACCACAGCCUCCACUCCAUGUCAAAUGGAGUCAAGACCACAGCUUUCACUGCAUAUCACAUUGAGCCACCUUCACAGCAUACAUGCACCGCAAGAGCAAAUAAAUUAGGAGAGCUCACAGUCAAAAUAAAAAAUCCUAAAUGUACAGGGUGUCAAUUUGAAGACAAUGGUCGGGUAUAUAUACGUACCAAGUGGCUUAUGGAAUAAGCUGAUGGUUUGACACUCGAACAAAACUAAACUCAGCAUCACCACCGUCCCAGUGUGGAUGGAGAAGUCAGCUCGUCCAUGUAGGUCCGACACCACCAUGGUUUUUCAUGGGCAUAUCUCUGUUAUGAAGGAUGGACACGUGAUUUCUAUCUGAAUUACUAAUCCAAGCGAUUUAUGCUUAAAUGGGCAUUGAGGCAUUGGUGCUCUUCUAUUAACAGCUCUGAGCCACAUUACUAUGGUGGGGACGAGUCUAUCCAUAGCACAACCGCUGUGGACUUCCCUCCUCCCCUUACUGGUUACUCAUUUUAUCAACCCCGGAGAUAAAUAAACCAGGCACAGAGUCACUGACCCCUGGACGAGUGAGGAGCGGAUGAUAAUGAUGAUAGAACCAGUGCACGGGUAAAAAUAUAUAUAUUUUUUUCCUCAAGCCCGGUUAAUCUGCAGCCCACAUCAUCCGUCCACAGAUAGAUAAACAAGAGCUAGCUGUGCUUUGUGGUUGAUAACAAGCAUUGGAACUGUCAAUUGUGGCAGGAGACUAUCGGGGCUGUACACUGCUGAUGAUCCUAACCACGGUGGAACAGCUGGCGGUGACAUUUCAGUCACCAAUUGGCUUUGUCUAUUAGACCAGGCUGGUGUGCGUAUGCAUAGAGCCUUGGUGGUGCUUGCAUGGUAUUGUGGGUAUUACUCAUAAUACUUAAAAAAUAAUAUAGCAGGAUAAUUAAAUUGGAGGUUAUGAAUAUAACUUGCUAAAAACAUUGUUGUAGAUGUAAUAAAGAGGAGAACGUACAGGAGGGAGGCACAUGUGCAGGGUUGGUACACGUGCGCAGGGUGGGGCACGUGCGCAGGGUGGGGCACGUGCGCAGGGUGGGGCACGUGUGCAGGGUUGGGGAGGGCAGUCACCCCGAGAGGGGCAUUGGAGUGGCACCCAGAGGUCGGCGACCAAGGUAAAGACCGCAAGGCAGAUGGUGGUGGUGCUUGCAGUGAUGACACUGAAAUAGCUGUGGGAUCUAGCAGACGGGACGGCUGAUACAGCCGCUUGUGCUAAUGGUUGCUGAUGUGUGAACACGUGUCUGCACGGUUUGACUUGUGUUAAUGUAUUAUUUAAUCUUUAAAAAAAUAAUUUGGCUUGGCCAUAUUCAACUUGGGCUAUUGGAGGUCACAUUGUGAGAUGUAUGAACUUCCAUGUUUUGGAACGCUUACAGAAAAGCAGUGCCCUGACUUGUGUUGGGAUGGUCCCAGAAGGUGAUAUCGCAGAACUACAUCUGAAGUCACGCCAAGAGGCCUUCUUAUCCACACUUUUUAUAUGUCUGGCAAGUAAUGUUUGUCGCAUGUCAAAGCCAACUUUUUUAUCUCGCAGCUGUAUUUUAGCCAAAUUAUAAAAAAAAAAACUCAAUAUGGAGGUGGGGGGAGGUGUUCGUGCAGUGAUUGGUGACUAUGUUGAGACCAUCAACUUGUUACAUUUGAAAACCCAGUUUAAUCAAAUCAGUCUACGCGAGUCAUUGGGUCUCAAAGCUUAUAUGAUCUCUAUUUGAGUCCAUGGGUCUCUGUCAGAUGUAGGUGGCCAUGCUGAGACAACCGACUUGCUACACUUGAGAACGCAUUUCAAUCACAAUUGGGCGGUUAAAACCAGGAUUCAAAACCAGGAUCUCGGCGUUGCUGGCAUUGUGUUUCCGACAGGAAUUACGAACCCGCUGAGCCACCUAUCCACUACUCCCCUUGUGUGUUUGAUAAAAAUAUCCGUGCGGUAAAAUGGAUUGCUGCUGUUUCAGGCAGGGAGCCGACUUCCGCUUGAGGUUAAAUUAAUUUGAAAUGCAAUUAUGUGAUUAGCAUGCAUUGAUUAAUAUAUUACCUGCAAAAUUGAUGCAGGUGUUUAUAUGAGAAACGCUCGUGUUUGGUCAACUUUACAUGCUUUUUGUCGCGAGCGUCGGGUAUUUUUCGGGCCAAUGUUGGGUUAACUGCUCAAGUUUAUCUGGUGGGUUAGUAUGAGAGAUAUGAGUUAGGGGUUAGUGCGAAGUAGGGUGCCUCUGUGUUUAGGUCUGUGUUAGUAUUGGGGUUAAUGUUACUAUUAGGGUUAUAAGUUACUAUUUAGAGGUUAGGGUUAAAUUUAUGAGUUUAUCUUUGCGUUAGAAUUUCCAUUAGGAGUUAGGGUGAGUGUUAUUGUAAGGGUCAGAGUUAGUAUUAAGAUUGGUACUAUGCAUGAAUUAGACCUUUAGGCCGAUCAUAUCAGCUUGAGUUUGAGAUGGAGCUAUAUAGUUAGGUAUCCAUGUUAGGGGCUAUCAUCACUGUUUGGGUUGGAGUUGAGCGUUAACUUUAGGUUUGGACUCAAAUCCAAACCCAUAUUUGAUCAAAAUAAAAUCCCUUAACUAUCCGUGCACAGCCGCUAUCGGUUGCGAUGCCACAGUGAACCCUCCAUAAAGACUCGAAUAUUUUACACUGUAGGGUCGCGGAUUUUGCUUCGGGUUAUAUCUUUGCACUAUUGUGGCGUGUAGCGUUGAUUAAACAACUAAGGUGGUUUGCA